GUGCGGCGCGCCUCAUGCUGCGGCAACACUGUCUACGGUAUGUAACUAACGCGCUCUGCUUUUAUGAUUGCGAGUGGUCUGGUGUUGACAUUUUGCUGCUAUGUGUGCUCUAAUUGGACUUAUGAGCGCUGACCGUGAUAUUUGGCCAGAGCAGUACUAAUUCCUGGCAGGCGACUUAUAUAGGUGGACUUGGGGUACUAGUAGCUGGUGUACGUCACGUACUAGCUACCCCUGGUAUUUACGUUUGCUCGUGUGAUGCUUUUCAUUCCGGCGGCGACCCUAUUAUUCCAAAGAGCAUGUUCCUGAACUCCUUUUCAUUGAUAAUGAGGUUGGCCAACGAGCCGGUCGCUGACAGGCUUGUUGCUGGCCGGCUCGCCGCUGGAACGUGUUGGCAUAUAAGAGCCCAUCUGGAAUCCGGCAGACUCGUUCCCUCGCACGACCAUGAUUGCAUAUCAGGAUGAUGAAGAGACUCCUCUUCUACGACAGCCAGAGCAGUCGAUAGCCAAGACACCUCUGCCCUGGAAUCAAUUCUGGAUCAUUUUGGUCUUGCAGUUUUCAAAUUUCCUUGUUUUUCAGACCCUUGCCCCGUUUACCCCCGAACUGAUCAGAGACAUUGGCGUGACCGGCGGAGACGAAUCCCAGGUUGGAUACUACGCUGGAAUCCUGCACUCAUCGUACUAUGUCGCUCAAACAUUGACCGUUCUCUAUUGGAGUCAACUGUCUGACCAUGUUGGGCGGAAGCCUUUGAUACUAGUUGCUUUGUUCGCGAUAGCUACUACGAUGUUGUCGUUUGGGCUGUCAAGAACCUUUCUCGGUCUGCUGGCCAGCCGUCUUAUCUGCGGGGCAUUCAAUGGCGAAAAUGGUGUCGUCAAAAACUUGUUGUUGGACAUCACCGACGCAACGAAUUUGCCCAAGGCAUACGGAUAUAUGCCAAUUUCAUGGAUGUCAGCGUCCAUCAUUGGGCCGCUUGCUGGUGGAUCGCUCUCCCGACCCGCAGACAGAUUCCCUGAAAUAUUUGGGCGAUCGGAACUGCUGAAGACCUAUCCAUACCUCUUGUCGUGUGCUGUUCCAGCUGUAUGUGCUUCUAUUGCUUGGCUAGUUACAUAUUUCUGUCUUAAAGAGACCGUUUCUACCAGGGCACCCCUUUGGGAGCUGAUUAAAGAAUGGCUCUUGCGACGGCAAUCUGCAAAACCUUCCACAUCGUCGAGCCAUGCUCAGACUAGUUCUGGUAAACCAAACGCUGAAGAGGCACCAAAGCCACUUCCGCUGCGCGCUGUGCUAACUCCAAAGGUCCUGACCGUCGUAGCAAGUAAUGGCACACUGUCUCUAUUUGAUAUAGCAGUGACCACUAUCCUACCGGUUUUCUACGCGACGCCGAUUGAACUCGGUGGUCUUUCCCUGGACCCUCCCCGCAUUGGCGCUAUAUUCGCGACAUCGGCUUUCGUCGGCGGCACAUUCCAAAUAUUUUUCUACGCCCGAAUACACGAUCGCUUCGGCUCAUAUGCUAUUCUUAUGGCGGGUCUUGCCUCCGGCAUACCUAGUGUAAUUUUAUUACCGGUGAUCAAUGCUCUCGCUCGAGCCCAUGGAAUGGGUCGGGCGGUGUGGUUAGCCAUUGCUAUUCAGCGUGUGCUGCUUGCUAUCUUUGGGACGUGCUUCGCUUGCAUGGCAAUGUUUAUCAGGGCCGCUGCUCCCAAUCGCGCCUCGAUUGGAGCAACCAAUGGACUGGUCCAGUUUGUUAGCGAAGGAGCAAGAAUGGUUGGCCCAGCAUGUGGAGCUGCGGUCUUUUCUUAUUCAAUGCAGGAAGGUCGUGAUGUGUGGUUGGCAUACUAUUUCAUUUUAUCACUGGGAUUUCUCGCGAUCGGCACUUCUGUGUUCCUUCCUCGAGAUCCUCGUCUAUGGGAAGAAGAAGGUAAAUAGUAUGAUUACCACUGACAUCACUGACAUGUAUAGAUUUGUCGUCCACUCUAUUUGUAUCAAUACAAUGUAUUUUUUUCACACUCGUAGAGACGAGAAUAUUAUUCUGGUCGUGUUGCAAUAGCCAAACACGCGGAGAUGGUCCGGACAAAAUUAACGGAUGACAGAGAAUAUUAACUUGUGGCACCGGUGACUCUAGUAAGUUGCUGAUGCAUUGCGUAGCUUGUGUUCUUGUGUUCGAAUGAGUUUUGAGUGCACCACUGCAGACUACUACUAGCCAGCCU